AUGGAGGCAAAAACUGAACUACAAAAGAAUGCAAUUGCUGAAGCUCGACGUAAAGAGUUGGAGACGUACCAACGCGCUUUGGAUAUCCAAUGGUUGAAUAGCCGGAUGGAAGACGGCAGAAUGGGCCGGUGCCUAGCGCUUAUCCAACGUGAGGCUGAGAUGGAGAAAGAUUUCCAAGAGAAAACAGAUCACGCCGCAAUUGUUAACGCGAAAGCUAAACGUGAGGCGGAUCUAGGUAUGGAAAUAGCGAAAGUCCGCUGUGAAGAAGCGUGUGAACUUCUCAGAAGACAUCAUCUUCGUGAACGAGAUCCCAGCCUUCGUGAGUUGAUGAAAAAACUACAAGCGGGCUAUGUUUGCCGAGACUUACAGCAACAGAUUUUGCAUAACAAGUAUAAAAGGUUGCAAGAAAAGGCUGACCAAAACACCGCAAACCAAAUCCUUCAAAACUGUCUUUAUAAUGACCAAGAGGCCAAAGAGAAAGAGGAAAAAGAUAAGGCAGAGAAGGAUAGGAAAUAUCGGUUGGAACUACAGCAACAGUUAGUCAACAGGCAGCUACAGAAGCAAUGUCAAUAUGAGGAAUCACUUAUAGAGAAGAAGAUGUUAGAAGGUAUAGAGAGGACCAUAGCUGAUGAGGACCAAAGAGAACUAAGAGAAAAACGGCAGCAGAUGGAAAAGUGUCGAAGGGAGAUGGUGACAUUUAAACAGGCUCGGGAGGCAUGGAAAGAGAAGCAGAAAGCAAUGGUAGUUAUUGAAGAGAGGCAGAUUGAGGAGCAGUUGAAAGCAGCUUCUGACAGGAAUUCUGCUAUAAUAUCAGAAAGAGAGAGAAAAGUUAGAGAAAAGGAAGCCAUCAAUGAGAGAAUAACUGCAAAAAUCUUGGCUGAUGAGGCGGAAAGACAAGAGAGGGAGAACAUUAUCAAAUCACUCCAAGAGCAAGAACAUCUCGAGAAAAAUUUCCAGGACGAUUUGCGGGAGAGAGACAAAACUGAAAGAGUGAAGCGAGACACGAGAGAGUCGCUUAUGUCCCAAAUGGACAACAAUAAGAAACUGGCGAGGGAAGAGAAAGAAAAAGAGCUAGUUAUGAGGAAGCAGAAUGAGGUGAAAAUGGCUGCAGACGAAGCGAAAGAAAGGGAGAAAGAACGCAAAAAGAAACUGAAGAGUGAACAGUACAGUAUUGAACUUCGAAAGCAAAUCGAAGCAAACGCGAGACGAAGGCAAAAAGACCAAGAGUUAGAAGAAAACAGAGCGAAAUAUGUUUGGGACUGUGAUGCAGCAUGGCGGAAAGAAGUAUCCGAAGAACGAAAAAAAAUAAUCAAAGAACACGUGCCCAAAGUGAUGGGUUAUCUCCAAGCGGGAGUUCUGAAAGAUGAAGAUGUACCACAAAUACGAGAAGUAACCGACUUCAAACUAGGGGCUGCGUCAACUAGACCUCAAAGAAGACCGAAAUGCAACGCCCAGUGUCGAAUAAUUAGAGAAUAUUGA